AUUUGUCACGCAUGACAAUCACAAAAAAUGCUUUCCGUAUCGAUUUGAUAUAUAAAGCAUAGUUUGUCGUUAAGAAUUAUUCUCAGAAAUGGGUUUAAAAAUUUCGGUUUUUGUUUUCGUGCUGAUUGGCUAUCUGCAACUCGCAUAUGGAUUGCGCACAAAUUUGACCAUGUUCGGCAACUGCCGGGAUAUGGAUCUGGCUUACGAGAAGGCACCGGUUUCUAUAAGUAAGGUAUCGUACGAUCGGGAUCCGGAUGGCGUCUGUAACACCAUGCAUGUGGAGUACGACAUCCGAGAGAGCAGCGAAGAUGAACAUUUUGAGCUGGUACUGACCAGCUAUCAGUGUCCGCUGGGGGUCACGGAACUGUGCAAGGAUAAUCCGCAGGAGUUCGUUGAAUCAAUGCACUGUGAUCGGUUGCAUUCGGACGAUUCCGGACCGUGGCACAUGCUGACUAGUGCUAUGACAAAUGGCGAUCGUUGUGGAAGGGUGCAGGGUCACUUCAAUAUCGAUGCAGCUGUACUGAAGAUAAAAUAUCUGGACAAAUAUAUCGAAAUGGGUAAAGGUUCGUACCGGGUUAGAAUGCUGUUUCACGUGGCAAACACCGAUAUGAGCACCAAGAACAUGAAAGGAUGCUGUGAAAUGGACUUCGAUGUUAUCGAUUAAAGUGGUACCUUCAAGUGGUUAUGAAUAGAAAUAGUUGAUGGUGGAUUUUGGUGAAUUGUUCCUUCCUGUAAAAAUUAUUAAAUAUACACUAUGGUUUAUGAGAAGCAAAAAAUCAGAAUAUUUUAACAAAUCAAGCGAGAGUUUUCAAAAGGACGUAUGUAACAUCAGACAAAAUCUGAGAAAAAGGAGGGACAAAAUUAUGUUAAUAUAAAUAAAUGCUAUUUAAAGCUGUUUGAUCUAGAAUCAAGUUUUAUCAUGGCAGCUGUAGGAAAAACAAUAAUGUUUUAAUUAUAGGUUUGAGCAUACUGGAUUUUUUGCUGUUUCCUAGUGAAUUUGUUAAAAAAAAUAUUUUACACCGUAUUGUUGAGUUUUUUUUCACAUACGCCAUAAUGAUUCGUCGUUGUGACAGUUUAAUAUUUACAUACACCCUUUAUGAUUCGUCGCUUGGACAAAUUGUUUUCAUUAUGCGUCAAAUCAGAUACGUCGGUUUUUUCACAUCAUUGCAGAUGCGU